UUCAUAUCUUUUACACAGUCGGGGAAUUCAAACAGGCAGCAGUUCACCUCGUGACUUCUCAUCUUUUUUAUUGUUUCAGUUCACUCUCACCCGCCGCCUCGGUUAUCACUAGCUGGCUGAAGUUUUGAUGAGUGAUCAUAAUGAAUACUUUGCUUUUAUUUUUUGUUUUAGUGUCCGCAGCUUCAGCUUUUCGCCUGUCUGAACAAGAUGAGUUUCACUUCAAGUCAUGGAUGGCACAGUACAACAAAAUGUACAGCCUGAGGGAGUACUAUGAGAGACUCCAGAUAUUCACCGAGAACAGGAGGAGGAUCGACAAACACAAUGCAGGAAAUCACUCUUUCACAAUGGGGCUGAACCAGUUUUCAGACAUGACAUUUGGUGAAUUUCAAAAGUCUUUCCUCUGGUCUGAGCCACAGAACUGCUCUGCUACCAAAGGGAACUACCUGAGCAGCAACGGACCACAUCCAGACUCUAUUGACUGGAGGAAGAAAGGAAACUAUGUGACAGAUGUGAAGAAUCAGGGAGGUUGUGGCAGUUGCUGGACUUUUUCAACAACCGGCUGCUUAGAGUCUGUGACUGCUAUCGCAACUGGGAAGCUCAUACCACUGUCAGAACAACAGCUGGUGGACUGUGCCCAGGACUUCAACAACCAUGGGUGUAACGGCGGUCUUCCCAGUCAAGCAUUUGAAUACAUCAUGUACAGCAAGGGAUUGAUGACAGAGAAGGACUACCCAUACACAGCUAUUGAGGGUACUUGCAACUAUAAACCAGAAAUGGCAGCUGCUUUUGUGAAGGAAGUGAUGAACAUAACGGCAUACGAUGAGAUGGGAAUGGUGGAUGCUGUUGGCACACGCAAUCCUGUCAGCUUUGCCUUUGAGGUGACUGCAGACUUCAUGCAUUACCACAGUGGCGUGUACACCAGCUCUAAAUGCCACAACACCACAGACAAGGUGAAUCAUGCAGUGCUAGCAGUCGGGUAUGGAGAGGACAAUGGCACCCCUUACUGGAUUGUUAAGAACUCGUGGUCGUCCAGCUGGGGGAUUGAUGGUUAUUUCCUCAUUGAACGUGGGAGGAAUAUGUGUGGACUUGCUGCCUGCUCAUCUUUCCCAGUGGUGUGAUCGCUGCAUGAUAGCAAACUACAACAGGGCUGAAAAGGGAGCAGAAUCCAACCGAUUUUAUUAUUUUAUAUUGUGAUUUGCAUACAAUCAACAGGCUGCUGUGCUUCCAUGUGAAGAGUGUUUUUGCACAAUUGAGCCUCUCAGAAUCCAGUAAAACACUAUGACAGGAAAGUACAUCUGAACGUAUCUCUUAAAUACCAAUCAUCAAUCCACAAAUAAAAUCCAUUAAAUCUG